AAUUGCUUUCGAGUAUGAUCUUCCGCAUUAGGGUUGAGAUGGUUCGGAGGCGACCGCUGGACUACCGCCGGACUACACUGGGGUGACGGGUACUAGGACAGUAUAAAGCUACCAUGUAGUACCCUCCAUUUGAAAGACAGGUCUAGCAGCCCCGCCGAUCCCUCGUUACACAACGCCUGACAAGACACUCGCUCGUCGUCUCAUUCUCCUUCAGCCGCCAACAUGAAGUUCCUCACCAACAUCCUCCUCUUCAUUGCACCCAUUGCCCUCGCUCUCCCCACUUCUGUCUCCGAGGAGGCACCCGUUGAGAUUGCUGCCGUUGAGGCUAGGCAAUCUUGCUACGUUAAGUGUGGAUCAACAUGCUACACUUCAUCCCAAGUCUCUGCUGCACGCAGUGCCGGUUACAAGCUCUACCAGGCCGGAGACGAAGCGGGUAGCUCCACUUACCCGCAUCGUUAUAACAACUAUGAGGGCUUUGACUUUUUGGUUUCGGGCCCGUAUGAGGAGUUCCCGCUGAGGACUUCUGGUGCUUACACUGGUGGUUCACCGGGUGCUGACCGUGUCAUCUUCAACACUGCUGGACAGCGUGCGGGGGAGAUUACACACACUGGUGCCAGUGGCAAUGCCUUUGUUGCUUGCUCUGGAUGGUAAAUGCAUUU